AUGUCACAGUCUGGAUGCACUGGGCGUCCCUCUAAACGUCCCAAACUUGUCAGGCAUACACUGCUAGACCCCAAUCAGCCCUCGAAUCAUGUCGACAGGCAUCGCAUAUUCAGCUUGCAGCGUAGUGGUCAAGUUGGACUUCAGACAUCUUACAUUCCUACUAGCUCGCCUGAAAAGGAAGACAAAGAUAUACCUGCGUGCACUCUGCCCACUGGUGCUGACCCUACUGCACACACUGACGAUGAUCCUUGGAAUGAGACGGAAUACUUUGACCCUGCAUGUGAGGUGGAUGAUGCCUUUGGAGCGCCUGAGGUACCAACGGCCGAAAAGAGACGCAGGAGAACUGCAGGAUGUGGUAGCCAUGAUGCAGUUUUCCACUGUCAAGAUUGUUUCUCUGUCGAGCUUACAUGUCGGUCUUGUGCCAUUGGAUCACACCUCAACUCCCCACUCCAUAGAAUCAAGGAAUGGAGAGACGGAUUUUUCCAUCCUGUCUCUUUGAAGUCCAUGGGUUUGCAAAUACAGCUGGGUCGCCCACCAGGCACUACUUGUCGGAAUCCAAGACCUGCCUUUGGUGACGACUUCGUGAUCAUCAACAUCCACAUCAUACACCUUGUCGGACUCAAUUUUUGUGGAUGCAAGCAUGAAGUUUCACACUUCAAACAGUUGCUCCGUGCACGCUUAUUCCCUUCCACAGUAACCGACCCAAGAACAGCAGCAACUUUUGCUGUUUUGGAGUCCUUUCAUAUACUUUCGUUCGAGUCUAAAAUCUCUGCAUACGAGUUCUUCCACGGCUUAGCUCGGCGGACCAACAAUACUGGUAUAACACCCAUUCGUGAUUGUUAUUCAGUGUUUCUCCGAAUAGUCUAUCAGUGGAAAAACAUCAAGGCACUCAAACGUUCUGGCUGCGGCCAUAAUCCUGCUGGUGUUGAUGCUACUCAAAAUGGAGAUCUAGCAGUUCUAUGCCCCGCAUGUCCUCAUCUGGGGAAGAACUUACCCGAUGACUGGAAAAAUUCACCUGAGCAAUGGAAAUUUGGCCUUUUCCUUGCUAUAGAUGCCAACUUCCGUCUCAAGCGCCAGAUGGUGUCAAGUGACAUCAGAGACCCCGGCCUCAGCCAAGGAUGGGGUUAUUUUGUUGAGGAGAAGGAAUAUAAGUGUUACCUACAUGCAAAUGGUGAAACCGUUAAAAGCAGCUGCAUUAGCCACAAUGCAGUGAACAUGGCGGACACAAAGUCUGAAAAAGGGCUUGCUGCCACUGGUGUGGGAACCGUAGAUUGUGCACGCCAUGAUAUGAAAUUGGCUAACGGUGUUGGCGACUUACAGAAGGGCGAAAAAUAUCUCAAUAUGGAUUACCUUACUAUCAACUACUUUGUGCCGAAAUUUCACCUUGCUGCGCAUAUCGAAAUUUGCCAGACUCAAUUCUCAUUCAAUUGGACUCCGGGUGUGGGACAGACUGAUGGCGAAGCACCUGAGCGCGGUUGGGCAAACAUCAAUCGUGUAGCCAGUAGUACAAAGGAGAUGGGCCCUGGAGCCCGACGUGAUAUGCUUAACGAUCAUUUUAGUGAUUGGAAUUGGAAGAAAGUUACAGGCCUUGCGAUGACCCAGGCAGCUGUGCGACUCGAGUUAGAACAACGGGAUGCAAAAGAAUUGGAAGAUGGGUCAGCAAUAUCACUCCAUGCCGAAGUUACCUGCAGUGUUCUCAUUAGCACUGGUAUUGACUUGGAAGAUGCCCAACGUUGUUUGCGUGUUGAUUCCUCUGUGCUCGGUCAGCACUCAACUGAUAUUCAGAGGACUAGGAUCUUAACUCGAAGAAACGCACUUCAACAUCGCCUAGACGCCUGGACCGAUAUUCAAAGACUCUACAUGCCAGCGGUUCCAAACCUCCGAACCUCUGCAAGCCUCCCAACCCAUGCCAAUGGUAACGAUAGCGGCUGUCCAGUCCCAGAUCUCACCUCCGGAAAGGAAGAAGACUUUCAGUUGCUUCUGCCUUCUGAAAUCUCCAACAAUGCUCUGAAUGACUGUCAUUCACAAAUCCGACUUCGCCGUCAGCUAUAUCAGUUCAAGGUUCAGCAUUUACGCGGCCAAGGGCCCAACACCCAUGCACGCAAAACUCUGGAUACGGUUGAGGAACAUCUUACCCUGAGCCAUGCCAAAUAUGUAAGUGCUCGUGAGGCGCUCGUCUCCUUGGCUCAUCACCUUGAUUGGAUAGGAUGGGAGCACAAAUUGCAGCCUUUGAAAAAGGCACACCUCAGACCAAUUGGGGACUUCAGCCAACAGACGCAAGGCACAGCUAUCAUGUCAUGGAUUUGGCUGACUCAAGGAAUAUCUUCUGAUGAUACCGAGGGAAUGCAGGAAUCGCUUCGUGUCGAGUGGUGUAAAGCCCGAGCACGUCGUAAUAGGUGGUCAGAGGAGAUCCAGCUCUUGUUGGAAGAAAUGCGACACAUCCUUGUAUUUCUUCGGUGGCAGGGAGACUCUUGGGACUCCCAUGCAACCCUACGAACCGAUGGGCAGCCAGAGUAUCAGGAAGGUUUGAUUGCAUAUGCUCGCUGUCAAGCUCACAUCCAACGAGGUUUAGUGGCGGCUUUUGCAGAACAUUGGAAGAGAGUGCCACAUCUUAACUACAUAGUGAUAUGGUACCUAGAGAGAUCGCGAGAUUGCUGA